CUUCUCUCCUCUCAUCCGGGAGAUUAUCAUGUUACCAAGAUUGAUGAUGUCAAUUAUUCUGCUGCUCUCAACAAUAGUUAUACUGUCGGGAGGCUGCGAGUUGGAUCAAAUGCGAUACGGAUGUCGCAUCUACAACGCGCAAUGCAGUUGCGGCUAUGGUUGCAAGUCAGAAUACAGAUACGAUAGCAAUGAAGAUUGUAAAUUAGCACUGACAGGUGGACCAAAUGACAUAUGUUCCAGGUCGAAACCCUGUCAAAACGAAGGCUCAUGUUCACAGAUUUCAUCGGAGCCGAAAUUUAAAUGUCGCUGCGAAGGAACUGGAUUCUACGGCACUUACUGUGAGACACCCUGCCCACGACCAGACAAUUUACUUUUCCGGGGACAGUUCCCUUACGAGUGCGUCGUAAUCUAAUUCAUGAAUUUAUCUCUUCUUUUAUCUUAAAUCUCAUUUCUGACUCAAAUUCGUCUUAAUAUAUGAUACAUAAAAAGAAAACGCAUAUUUCCACAAAAAAACAUAUUUACACAUCUUUGUACAUACAUAAUAAAUAGUAAAACAAACGAGAGACAUUUACAGUUUACAGUUUCUCAUUUCACGUUUUACAUCCCAUGUAACACACACGUACACACACCACACACGCAAAUGGCACGCAAAUCGUCGUCGCCGAAAUCUUAUAAUUGCGAUCAUAGAACGUGUUUAAAGUAAACUGUAAAAAUUGCGCCGCAAGUCAAUUCUGCGGUCUUUAUAAGAGAGAGCUUUGAGAUUUCAUAUAGAAAGUUAAAGUAAAUUAUAUGUAUAUGUAUAUUU